UGCCAGUGUUGGCUACAGCUGCAAGGACCAGCGCUGCAAGAAGCAGGACUCUACUUUGACCAAAUCAAACGAGGGGCAAAGCGAGGAAAAAGGCGGAUCGAGCUCAAAGAACGUUUGCCAGUGGCAGUGCCAGCUGAAGUGAUGAUCAUUUUCCCACUAUGAUGGUGGAUCGAACUUCAUCUGGAUGGGAUUGGGCCCCAAAGUCCUGGUGCUAGUGAUACAAACAUUUGCAUCACAGACACCUGAAAAGACAAGCACACAUUUAGAAAAGCUGUGUAUGCUUUAAAAGGCUUGACAUUCAAACAGUGCCUGGACGAGAGAGUCAUGCUGACUCAGGCUGAGAUAGACGGAUGCAGGGAGGCGUUCAGCAGAUUCGACAGGGAUGGGAGUGGCACAAUUGAUGCCACGGAGCUGCGGGCUACCCUAGAGGCACUGGGGCAGAAACCAACGGACGAGGAGCUCUUCCUCAUGAUUGCGCAGGUGGAUGAAGACAACAGCGGGGAGAUCGAGUUCCCCGAGUUUCUCAAGGUGAUUGAGAAUCAGAAGAAGGUGCUUGCAGCCAUGGGCGACGAGACGGACACGUUGGACGCUUUUAUUGCACUUGGAGGCGAGUCCGACAAGCGCGGGCAAAUCUCGACGGAAAAGCUGCGAGCCGUGAUUAAGGAUUUUGGGCUUACGAUCGACAUAGAGCAGCUGAUCAAGGAAACAGAUUUGGACGGAUCCGGCUUCAUCGACUACGAGGAAUUCAAAACCAUGAUGACAUGAUGCGCAUGGCAGUUCCCGGUGCUUCUCGACUAUCGAAGUUACUUACAAACCAUACCUGCGACGAACGGCCCGGGAAGUUUCAAAAUGAGGUGUCUUAGGAGCCUCGUUCAUCCAGACUAGCAAUCUGAGAAGUGACGGGGAAUUUAAUAAACACAGCUUAUCCAAAGAUGAUCAUGCUCCUGUAGACAAGUAUCCGUCAGAGUCUCGAAAUAAGCCCUAGUUUCGAUAUCAUUAGAGCGGUG